ACUUAAUUAGCUAACUAAGCUUGAUGAGUUAUGAUGGGAAAUGAAACGUCUUUAGAAUUGUUUUGUUGCAUAUAGUAUCCUUUGUAUGACACGUGCAUGGUUCACUGAUGAGUUAUGUCAUUUCCUACUGUAGCGUUGUAGUUCCGACAAGCUGUCAAUCAAACUUUGUAUCAGUCGAUUGUUGUCUGGUACUCUUGUCUUGGAAAGCAACUUAAUCAGAACCACACAUUUACACUUUCGAUGGAAACUUUGCGGGCUUGGACAUCAAACCCGGAAGAGAACUAACGUUAAUAAGCGAGACGAGCUUGCGUUUACACAGACAGUGCGACCAUGGAAGCAGAAGCACACAGUUGUCACCGACUGCCUGCGAAAACAUCAAGAAAGAGGAGGAGGGAUGAAAUCAAUGGAGAGAUGGAGGGAGAGCAGGCCGUCAAGGUCCGACGAUCCACAGUGGGUCUGACGGAUCCAGCCCCAUUUGCUGACCAGCUAGAACCAGUUACCGCUCCGUACGUGCGUGUCAGUAUGGAGGAGGCAUGCCAGGGCACCCCACAAGAGCGUCCAGUGCGGGUGUAUGCAGAUGGAAUCUUUGACAUGUUCCAUUCCGGCCACGCCCGAGCACUGAUGCAAGCCAAGGGGCUCUUCCCAAACACCCAUCUAAUUGUCGGAGUAUGCAGUGAUGACCUGACACACAACUUAAAGGGCUUCACCGUAAUGAACGAGGACGAACGCUACGAUACCGUCAGUCAUUGUCGCUACGUUGAUGAGAUCGUACGGAACGCACCAUGGACGCUCACGCCGGAGUUCCUGGCUGACCACAGGAUUGACUUUGUCGCCCAUGACGAUUACCCAUAUUCUUCUGCAGGAAGUGACGAUGUUUACAAGCACAUCAAGGCGGCAGGCAUGUUCGCACCCACACAGCGGACAGAAGGCAUCUCUACUUCUGACAUCAUCACCCGUAUUGUCCGCGACUACGACGUGUACGCACGCAGAAACCUGCAGAGAGGCUACACUGCCAAAGAGCUCAAUGUCAGCUUCAUCAAUGAGAAGAAGUACCACCUGCAGGAGCGUGUGGACAAAGUGAAGAAGAGGGUGAAGGAUGUGGAGGAGCGAUCCAAAGAGUUUGUGCAGAAGGUAGAGACAAAGAGCAUCGACCUGAUCCAGAAGUGGGAAGAGAAGUCCCGAGAGUUCAUCGCCAACUUCCUUCAAAUGUUUGGCCCAGAGGGAGCACUGAAGCACAUGCUAAAGGAGGGGAAGGGGCGGAUGCUGCAAGCCAUAAGCCCCAGGCAGAGCCCCAACAGCAGCCCGACCAGAGAGCGCUCACCCUCUCCGCCGCCCUCCUUCCGUCUGCCCUUCUUCACCAAGACCUCCUCUCCCUCUUCGCCCCACCACCUCAGUGGAGCAGACCGCAUAAGCGAGGAUGACGAUUAGGAGCCUCCUUCCAUUCCUUUCUCUCCCUGUGGCUGAGAUGGUGCAGGUCAGGGUUAGGGUAAAUACCAUUUCAGUCAAUUGAUUGAAUUGAAAUGGAAUUGACCCCAGCCCAAGUGCUCACAAGGAAUUGAUAAUUCACAUGUUCUUGAAUUAGGAUGCCAUGUUGCGUUUUUUUCCUAUCCCGCUCACAUUACUGGUUAUCUUUACCAGGCCUCUAGUGUCAGUUAGGCCUUUGUCAUGUUUAAAGGAAACCACGACACAAUAGCACAGGAAGUUUAACCAUAACUUUCUGUAAAACGGCUGUUCUUUGGGGUCACAGUGUUGUUAUACACAAAAUAGAUUUUUUAAUGUUUCAUUUAUGAUGUAUAAAAUGAAUUAAUGAGCAUGGGAAGGUGUCAGCCAAUACGGGCGUGAGUGAUGGGACACUCAUUCGCUCACAAAUGACUUGCAUGUUCUUUCGACACACACUGAAUUGCAUUUGCCAUGCUAAAUCCAUAGUAGUGCCAGAGAAAAUUGAAAAAGACCACUUUGGUAGAAAGAAAGCCUUGUGCAGAAUUCCGAAUACUUAGGGCCUAGGCACUCCUGUAGAUCUGAAAGGAUGGGAUAGCUUUUGCUUUCUGGCUGGGUGGCAUUUGCACUGUGUUGGAUACACCUAUUCAGUCCUUUUAGGCCUAGGACACACGGAGGUUGUACAACUGAUGUACAAUGCAUUGGACUCGACAGUUGUGAUGCAAUGGAUAUUGUUUUUAACGGAAACGUUUAAAAUAUUGUUGUUUGGUGUCUCCAGAGUGGUCGGGUAAAUAUUUGUGUGCAGACAAAUGCAUAACAAAUACCUGUUGUAUCAAAUGCGUUGUACAACCUGAUGUGAACUAGGCCAGUAGACCUACAGGUGGCCUAAGGCUGUUCCACUUGCUCAGGAGUGAAGUUUCACUAGGAACAGAUCUAGGAUCAGCUUCCUCCCCCAAUACACCUCCCAUUAGUGGAGAAAAUGCUAAACUGACCCAAGAUCAGGGGAAACUUGACCAUACUCCAUUCUGCUUAAUAAUCUCCCGACUCUGUAACUAGGUUGAUCGAGGACUUUUGACUACAUUGGUCACCUGAUUAGUCACCAAGUUGAGUUGUUUAUCCUUGUAUUUUGUCAUUUACUUCUAUUUAAUAUGUACAAAGUGUGUUGGUUUGUGUUAAAGGAGAUCUACUGUAUGUACUUUAAUCUUGUAUAUAUGUCAUUUUUGUACACCUCCUGGAAAAACCUUCUGCUGAUUUUUCUUCUUGUAGAAAAUAGUAAUUCCACUAAUCAGUAAUUCCAAAUGCAUUGUGCAUCUCCACAACUUUAUGCCAAAAGAUUCCAAAUAAUUGUUUUGGGAGGGUGAUUUAUUAGAUUUUUUUUCCAGAGUGCUGAUGCUAUGUGUAAUCAGAGCUGCAUUGUGGCAUUCCUCCCAGACAUGUUUUUUUUUCAAUAGAAUUCAUGUUUAAGCUUAGCCAGAGUCUGUGGUAAUUCAAAUCGUUAUAUUGUGAAUUGUAUUCUCUGAAGCAAGCAACUUUAGGCACUUAUACAAUAGUAUGUGAAAUAUUAUUCUGCGUUUACACGGGCAGCUCAGCCCGAUUCUGAUAUGUUUACCAAUCAGAUUAUCUCUGAAAAAGAUCUGAUGUGAAAAAAGAUCAGAAUUGGUCUGCCUGUGUUGUGUUCAAUUGAAAUACUGUAGAAUUCCAUUCAUUCCUAUUGGGAGGACUGCUCCUACUGGGGAGUGCCAAUAUUGCCGGGCGGUGGCUUCAAGGCCUCUCAAUGGCCAAUAUAUGGCAUCCGCAAUCCAGGCUUUGUACAGUGCAUUUGGAAAGUAUUCAGACCACUUGACUAUUUCUACAUUUUGUUACAUUACAGCCUUAUUCUAAAAUGGAUCAAAUAGUUUUUUCCCCUCAUCAAUCUAUACACAAUACCCCAUAAUUAAAUUUUUGCAUGUUUAUAAAAAAAUCUGCAUUAUCACAUUUACAUAAGUAUU